AUGACUGCCAGGUUGACUGAUUUCAAGGUGCUCGUCUUCGACGUUUAUGGCACACUAGCAGACUGGGAAACAGGGAUUCUCCUGGGGCUCAAACCGAUGCUCUCUAGGUACUCCACAUCCUCAGGCUGGUCGCGUAAACAGGUGCUCGAAGCUUUUAGCGCUGUCGAAUCCGAUCUUCAGGCCAAGUAUCCUCAUUUACUCUACAGCGAUCUUCUUGCAAAAGUACACGAAGUCAUGGAGGAAAGGCUCCAAGCAGGAUCCGGUCUUCCUGUAGAGACUUCUACCGUUGACGGUGAUCCAUCAUCUCUUCCUAUCAGCUCAUCUUCUUCGAAUCAGUCAGUUCUUUCUGAUGAACACGUCGAAUUUGGGCAGUCAAUCAAGGGUUGGCCGAUUUUUCCUGAUAGCUAUGACGCUCUACACACACUUUCCAAACACUACAAGCUCGUUGUACUGUCUAACGUCGACCGCACCUCGUUCGCACACACGCUGGCCAAAUUGUCUGAAGGGGAUUCUACCGACUUUUCUCCGGAGACUUACUUGCCUCCCGAAUCGGAAGAAUAUUGGUAUCCUCAGCGUAACCCAAAAUCAAAAUCGCCUUUCACAUUAGUGCUAACUGCUCAGGAUGUCCAGAGCUACAAACCGGCAUUACAUGGGUUUGAGGUUGCUCUGGAUGUCAUACAUCGGGAGGCAGCAUUGCUUAACACUCCCAAGGAUCAGGUCCUCUGGGUUGCCCAAAGCUUGUUCCAUGAUAUCGAACCAGUUAGUCGUCUUGGAGUGACCAGCGUUUUCAUAAAUCGCGAAGGAGCCACCAUGGGCUUUCGCCCAGGACCAGAGCCGAUUCAUGCAUGGCAAUUUGUAAGUCUUGGGAAGAUGGCCGAAGCUGUAGCCAAGGUGUAG